UGGUCUUGUUCGGUGAGAUUUUUUUUCUUUCUUCAGCUUCCCUUCCACUCGGUCGUUCAAUGAAAUUUCAGGACACCUUGCAGCAUCAAUUGUUGUGCAAACCCUAGAUUAUGUUAACAGGAUUUUGUUUACAUAUCUAAGCAUUUUUAAGAGCAGUUUCAGCUUUACUGGCUUUUAAAUUCGGACUACUUAAUCUCCUAUUUGCUUUGAUCUAAAUAUUCUCUGGUUCAUUGAGGAUAAGCUCUUAAAUUGUAAUGCGGUAGUGGUUUAACGGAGGAAGAGUAGGUUAGCUUUGAAACUCGUUUUCUCCUGUAAAUUUAAGACUCUUUGGUUUCCUGCUGGAUUAGUGAUUCUGUGCCGUGAAGCUUGAUAUGUAUUUCUUCGUGUUUGUGGAUUAGGAAACUCUAAUGACUUAGGGUUUCGAAUUCGUCGACACGAACCGCUAUAGACGGUUUCCUGGAGAUGUUAGAAGUUCGGUGGAGGUGAAGUGCUAUGAACUUAUCAGCAUUGUAAAGCUUGAUUAGGAAGGAUAAGCUUUGAUCUCAUCAACCUUAGAAUUGCCAACAAAUUAAUUGGAUGCCAAUCUAAAUUGGGGAUAGAGGAUGCAGUCAAGCAUGCUGUAAACUGAAAUGAAGACCACACAGGAUUCACAGAGCACACCAGAAAUACAAUCCUCAACACAGGUGUCACAUGAAUCACAAAGUGACCAACCAAACAACACGACAGCUGAGGCUCCUGUAGCAGACUCGGGUUCAAUAUCUGUCUCAAGUAAUGAUAGCAGAAAGGUUUCUCGUGAGGAUAUUGAACUUGUCCAGAAUUUGAUUGAACGCUGUCUACAGUUGUAUAUGAAUAAAGAUGAGGUGGUAAAAACUCUCUUAAAUCGAGCAAGAAUAGAGCCUGGAUUUACAACUCUGGGCUGGCCUAAUGUCUCUCUUUUUCUCUUUUGGAUUCUUGUUAAUUCAGUAUGGCAGAAACUGGAAGAAGAAAAUGCAGACUUUUUCAGGGCAUAUUAUGUAAGACUAAAGCUGAAAAAACAGAUCAUCUUAUUCAAUCAUUUACUUGAGCAUCAAUACCACUUGAUAAAGUAUCCUGCACCUCCAAAGGUUCCGCUUGCUCCAAUACAAAAUGGAAUCCACCCCAUGCCUGUUAACAAUUUACCAAUGGGCUACCCCGUCCUGCAGCAGCCCCCAAUUCCAGCUCCAGGUCAGCCCCAUAUUGAUUCCAUGGCCUGCGGCAUAUCAAGCUGUCAUGUGGUAAAUGGAGUCCCAGCACCAGGAAGUUUUCAUCCCAUUCGGGUUAAUUCUGGGAAUGAUACCAUAAUGGACAACAACACAUCUGAUGUGGCACCAGUUAUACCCCCAAGCAGUGCCAUGUCAUCCAUGACAGAGAUGGCUGUGAGUCCUACAUCAGUGGCAUCUAGUGGUCACUUUCCAUUUACUCCAUCAGAGAUAUCAGGUAUUGGUGUUGACACAUCAGCACUAGACACAGCUUUUACAUCAGAUGUAACAACUUCAGUAGGUAUGCAACUAGGAGCAGAUAGUGGCUCUGGAAAUUUGAGGGACUCCCUUAGAUCAUUGGCUCAGAUCCCUUGGAAUUUCAGCCUCUCAGAUCUUACAGCCGACUUGUCAAACUUGGGAGAUCUUGGAGCCCUUGGUAAUUAUCCCAGUUCCCCCUUCUUGCAUUCUGAUUCAGAUAAUAUUCUGCUCGAUUCCCCAGAGCAAGAUGAUAUAGUUGAGGAGUUUUUUGUUGAUUCCGUCCCUGGACCAUGCUCUCAGUCCGAUGAAGAGAAAUCAUAAAGAACUAAAGGUGAAAUGUUCCCCUUCUUCAUUUUACUCUCAAAUCCUUGGACAAAGCAUGUCUGUAAAAGCAAAAUCCUGGUCCAUUAAAGCGAAGGAGUUCGAAGAGGUUAAAGAAUUCAAUCUUCAUUGUAGUUGACUGCACCUAAGUACAUUUGAGCAGUACACUAGCAGGUCGAUAGGAUACAUGGUCAUAUUACUAUUAGACUUUCAGCGGAGAUCUAAGAAUAUUAGAAGUUGAAUCUGUUCGCUGCAUGUUAAGAAAGCCAUGACCCAUUCCUGAAAUUUGAUGGGAAUACAACUUAAAGAGUUAACAGUGAGUACUGAGAUAACCUAUUUUAAAUAAUCA